UCACAGAGGGAACAUAAUGGGAGUUGUUUUUAUCUGAAAGAACCCAAAGUGGAGUCAAGAAGUUUCAUCAGCCAGUUUUGAUUUUUGAGUUAAAUAAAAAAAUGUCUUCUUCUCCUGGUAUCAAGCGUCGGGAGCAUGUGGACAUGAUGUACAUCUCCAUUGAGACAGCUAUUGCCCUGGCCUCUGUGGUGGGCAAUGUGCUGGUGGUGCUGGCUGUGUGUGUGAACCGGGCUCUCCGCAACACCACCUUCUGCUUUAUCGUUUCUCUGGCCGUGGCUGAUAUUGCAGUGGGAGUUCUGGUCAUCCCUCUGGCUAUCAUCAUUAGUCUGGGAUUUAAUACUCAGUUUUACACCUGCCUCUUCCUGUCCUGCUUGCUGCUGAUCAUCACCCAGAGCUCCAUCCUUUCCCUGCUUGCCAUUGCCAUCGACCGAUAUCUGCGAGUCAAGAUUCCUACCAGGUACACCUCCAUAGUGACACAGAGAAGGGCAUGUGUUGCAGUUUGUCUAUGUUGGAUCCUCUCCUUCCUCACUGGAUUGGUUCCAAUGAUCGGAUGGAAUAACCUCGAUAACCUUGAAGGGAACCUUACUAGGUCCAGUGACAUUGUGUGUGAAUUCACCACUGUCAUGAGGAUGGACUACAUGGUGUACUUCAACUUCUUCGGCUGGGUGGUGGUUCCGCUGUCCAUAAUGAUCGCUCUGUAUGCGGAGAUCUUUAGGGUGAUCCGGCGACAGCUCAACCGGCGUGCUGAAGCCACGUGUGAUGCAGAGAGGUACUUUCGGAAGGAGCUGAAACUGGCCAAAUCUCUGGCCUUGGUGGUGUUCCUUUUUGCCGUGUGUUGGCUGCCAAUACACAUCAUGAACUGCAUUGACUUUUUCUGCCCUGAUUGUAGUAUACCCAAGUUUGCAAUGUAUGUGGGCAUUUUCAUGUCACAUGUGAACUCAGCACUUAACCCAAUGGUUUAUGCAUUCAGGAUAAAAGUGUUCCGUCUCACACUGAUCAAGAUCACUCGCCACUGCAUGUUAUGUAAACCCAGAGAGCCCACCCCUUGCCCCACCAGCACACCAGCCCUGACUGAGAAGGUGGAAGUAAAAAUGUAACAAAGAACAAGUGAUUUAUAAAAUGAGCAAACAAAUCCUGUUCUAAUUUGGCCGGCCUGUACCGGGUAUCAGUGGUCAUGAGUCCCCAAGUUUUCUCAACUGCUGCCCACUCAUGCGGGCUGUCUGGUACUGGUGCAGUCGCUCAUGUCUAAACUGAUACAUGAUAACGCUCAAUGCAUUGAAGAGACGUUUUAUAGGACAGGCAGCACUACAGAAGCUGUCAAAUGUGCAUGUGUCAUUGAAAAACUGAUGUCAUAUUAUGCAAAAAAAGUAAAACUUGAAAUAUUUGUUACAUUUACAUCUCUCAACUAAAUGGAACCGGUAAUGUGAAAAGGGUCAGUCCAUCUCUACAAAGAACUGCAGCCUUCCUGUUCAGAUGACUAACAGUGAGAUGUCAUGUAAUUAUUUGAUAUUUGGAAUGUUAACUCGUACAAACACAAAAAAACAAAGCACUUCAUUGAGUUGUGGGACAAGUUCAUGUCUGGCCCAUUUGUGUUUCUUUGACACAAACAGAUUUUAAGAACAAUAAGUCUCAUCAACUUAUUUAGCAUGAUUUAGUUGUUAUUUAAGGUCUCCUUAUUUGAUUCAUAUUGAAUUGUUAUAUAUAUUGUCAACAUGAUAAGUGAUGCAAACAUACAUUUCAUGUUCAACACACUUUUUUGUAAAUUCACCAGAUUAAAUAAAGCAUUGCACCUUAAUUUAUAAUGCUACGUUUACAGUUUCUUAUUUCACAUUUACAACAACGAGAGUCUACAGCAACUUUGAGGCUGUAUGUUAGCAAAAUGGUGCUUUGAGGUAAAUACUAACUCGAUGAUCACAAUGAUGAUGCCAACAUUCGACUAUCCCAAUGUCUGGCAGCUUAAAUGUUUACCAUGUUCUCAAUCUCAGUUUAGUAUAUUAGCAUGCACUUUUUAUA